UUCUUCUUUUGUGUUUUCUUUUAAACAAAAACUAAUCUUUCUGCCAAUUCGUUUUUAAGCAAGUUUCUUUCAGAAAAUCACCAUUCUUUUGCAAAAGAAGAUGAACUGGGACACCCCAAAACUUCUCCAAAAGCAACAUUUUCUGCUCUACAUGUAUAUAACCGCUGUUAAAAACUGCAUAAAAUCCAUUUUGGCCCAGCCCCACUUCCUUUUUUAUCCCUAAAGCAUACACAUAUUAUCUCAAAAACAGCCUUUCUCUCUUUACGUUCUUCCAUUUCUCUAAAAGUUGCAUCCACGCCUAUAUAGAAGCCAAAGCAUACACGCACCCGCGCACACAGAGAAGAAACUUUCAACUUUAAUAAAGUGAAACAAUGGGAUGUGUUGCUUCCAAGCUAGAAGAAGAAGAGGUUGUAUCUAUCUGUCGAGAGAGGAAACGCCAGUUGAACCUUGCUGUAGAGAGAAGACAUGCACUAGCAAAGGCGCAUUGUAGAUAUUAUCAAUCUCUCUAUGCAGUAGCGGCAGGUAUAAAGCUUUUUGUAGCUAGACAUUCUUCUCCAGCUUCACCAUUUCUCAUUACCUUCCCUCCUCCAUGCCCAUCUCCAUCAACAAGUGAAGAAAAAAAUGCGAUAAGAAACCCAAUGUUUCUUCAACAAGGACCAUCCGAGUCAACAACACAUGAAAAAACCAUUGCUUGUGAGUCUUGUGGUUCUUCAACAGUAUCUUCUUCAGACUGUAGUGAUCACGAGGAAGAGGGUAAUAAAGAAGACGUCAUGAAGAGAGAGGAACAGGCACAACAAAGUUAUGGGUACUAUUAUAUGCAAAUGCCGCCACCACCAGAGUCACCUCAGAGGGAUUUUGGGUGGGAUUUCUUUAACCCUUUUAAUACUAGCACGAGGCCAGAGAUUAUAAGUGGUUACAGGAGAAGUUCUGAUGAUGAUUUGAGGGCUGUGAGGGAAGAUGAAGGGAUUCCUGACCUAGAAGGAGAUAGAGAAGAAGAGGAAGAGAAAAAUGUGAUAGUUGUUGAAGAGAAAGGGAAAGGAGAUCUUGGGGACAGUGGAGGUAGUGUGGUCAGGGUAGUUGAUGGAGGUGGUGAUGGGAGCCAAGGGGAGCAAAAGGGACUUACAGUCAUUGAUACACCAGAGAGAGGGAGGGAGUUAUUGGAUGCUUUGAAGGAUAUUGAGGACCAUUUCAUUAGGGCUUAUGAUUCUGGCAAAGAUGUGUCAAGGAUGCUUGAGGCUAAUAAAGUUUUCUUGCAGUCUGGCUUGGAGGAAAUUAAAGAGAACUCAACAAAACUAAUCCAAGCUAUUACAUGGCACCGGUCCACUUCAUCAAAGCCAUCAUCAUGUAAGAGCCUUGUAGCAUCCAGUUCGAAAGGCUCUUCUACUUGGACAGAAUAUAAAAAUGAUCUCUUUGAUGAUUAUGGAGGAAUGGAUUCAGGAAGCCAUUCACUAACACUUGGAAGGUUGUAUGCUUGGGAAAAGAAGCUCUAUGAAGAGGUCAAGGCAGGAGACAGCACAAGAAAAAUAUAUGAAAAGAAGUGUUCACGACUGAGAAACCAGGAUGUCAGGGGAGAUGAUGAGCUUACCACAGACAAGACCAGAGCUGCAGUAAAAGAUUUAUAUGCUAGGAUCUUGGUUGCAAUUCGAAGUGCUGAAUCAAUUUCUAAGAGAAUCGAGAAAUUAAGAGAUGAAGAACUGCAGCCUCAAAUUGUAGAACUGUUAAAAGGCCUAACACACACCUGGAAGGUUAUGUUGGAAUCCCAUGAAACCCAGAACAAGAUUCUUUUCGAAGUAAAAUCUUUUGCCAGCCCCACACAUGAAAAAUUCUGCAAUGACUUGCACCGGCUGGCGACACUUCAGCUCAAGGCUGAGCUUCUGAAUUGGCGUGCAUGCUUUAUAGAGUAUUUUGCAGCACAGAAGGCAUAUGUUGGAGCUCUUCAUGGUUGGUUAAGCAUGUUCACAAUACCUGAAAUUGAGUUCUGCUCCAGGGUCAGGAGUUCAGCAGCGCCUUAUCAAGCAGUUGGUCCCCCGUUACUUGUGAUUUGCCAUGAUUGGUUGUCUUCUAUGGACAAGUUACCAGACAAGGCAGUGUCCUUGGCAAUUAAAAGCUUCUUGAAAGAUAUGAAGGCUUUGUGGGCUCAGCAAGGGGAGGAACAGCUACAGAAAAGGAAAGUUGACAGUCUAGCAAGAGAAUUCGACAGAAGAACCACGUCAUUCAAGAAGGUAGAGACCAGGUUUCUUGAAUCUGAACUUAUAGAAUAUAAACCCGAGCCAGAUGCAGAACACUGGCGUGAACACUUGACAGAGAAGAAAGAUCAGUUGGACAUGUUAAGGAAGAAGCUGGAUGUAGAGAAGGAAAAACACCACAACUACGUGAAAGAAACACAGAGGAUCACACUAAGUGGGUUACAGAUAGGAUUUUCGAGGGUUUUUGAGUCCUUAACUGAGUUCUCCAAGGCUUCUAUGAAGAUGUACAAUGAUCUUGCGAAUCAUAGCGAGAACACUGCUGGUAAAGUGGAGAAGCAAUCUUUCCUAGAAGGCUCCCCUGUCGAAGAAAAUGGCAGCGGGUGACUGAGAGGGCCUGAAAUGAGCCUUGAUUAUCUCCCGUUUCAUGGAUGGUUUGUAUAUUAUUCUGUCGAAGCAGCUCGCUGAGACAGUUUAAAGUUAUAUUUUACUAGGCAUUUGUAGCAAUUAAUCUUUGAUUUUUUUUAUUGUCGAUUUGUAUUUUAGUGCCCACGUUUUUGUAGCAAGACCUGUAAAAAUUUUCUACUUUAUUGCUUCUUGACAUGAGCAAGAAGUGCAGAGGGGGAAAAUUCUAAAGUGGGAGGUUAUUGUAAGUAGUUAAAGAACGGUGUGGACCAGAGAAAUUUUAGAUUUUCGGUGAU